AGCCGGAUCCAAUAGGUUCAACUCAUGCGUAAUCUCUAAAAUGAAAGAGGAGGAAAAAAAAAAAAAAAGCUUCACGUGAGGCCUUAGAUUAGCCAACCAACCCAAGAGCGAGAGGUGAGAACCAACCUAGCCUACGCCGCCAAUGGCAAUUUGUCUAAACCCAAAACCCACUUCCCCUUUCCGUCUUCCGCUUCGCUGUAUCAAUAACACCACCGCUUCCUUUACUUCUAUUGCUGUCAACCACUUCUUAGAUUGAAAGACACAGAGAGAUUGAGAGAGAGAGAGAGGAUUGGUAGUCUUGCGGUACAACAAUCACCUUAUGUAUCCUCGAUGACCCUUUGCAUAAAAAGAGCUUCAAAAUCUUUGGCCACUAUCGCCCCUCUCUCUCUCACUUGCAAGGUACGCUUCCUCUUUCCUUUCUCUUUCUCUCUUCUCCACAGUUUACCUUCCCCUUCCUCUCCCCCUGAACCCGACUCUUCUUCUUCCUCCUCCUCCUCCUCCUCCGAAACCCAUUACAAACAACUCAUCUUUAACACCAUUGAUGAAAAGCCCUGGGCCUUUUGUAACACCAAGUGGGUUUCCAAUAAAUUCCAUGCUAUCAUUGUUGAUCCUCAUUUGUUUAUCAAAGUUCUUAAUUUGAUGAGAGAAAGACCCAGAAUUGCUUUGAGGUUUUUUAGGUGGGUUGAGAUGCAACCUGGUGUUAAAAGAUCCGAGCUUGUGUUUUCCGUUAUGCUCGAUAUUUUGGUUGAGAACAAUUUGCUGAGAUCAGCUUAUUGGGUCAUGGAAAGGGUCAUUACGUUUCAUAUGCAUGGUAUUGUCGAUGUGUUGAUUUGUGGCUACCUGAAAUUUGAGGUUUCAGUUAAGUUACUUGAUCUUUUAUUGUUGGUUUGUUCUAAGAAAUUGAUGGUUGAUCAUUGUUUGUGGAUAUUUGAUAAAAUGAUCCGGACGGGGUUGUUGCCGGAUGUGAAGAACUGUAAUAGGAUUCUUACUAUGCUUAGGGAUAAAUCUCUUGUAGCUAAAGCAAGCCAAGUGUAUAGGAUGAUGAAGGAAUUUGGGAUUAAGCCAACUAUUGUUACCUAUAAUACCAUGUUGGAUUCCUUUUGCAAGGAAGGGGAAGUACAACAAGCUAUUGAACUCUUAUCGGAAAUGCGCUGUUUUCCAAAUGACGUGACCUAUAAUGUUUUAAUUAAUGGUUUAACAAAGAAUUGCAAAUUAGAUCAAGCCGAGGGACUUAUUAGGGAGAUGUUGAAAUUGGGGAUUAAAGUUUCUGCAUACACAUAUAAUCCUUUGAUUUGUGGGUAUUUCAAGAAAGGGUUGCUUGUUGAGGCCUUAAACCUUGGGGAACAGAUGGUAAAUAAUGGAGUUGUUCAUACGGUGGCAACAUAUAAUACAUUCAUGUAUGGCCUUUGCAGGUGGGGGAGAUUGGAUGAUGCCAGACAGCAGUUUAAUGAUAUGCUGAAGAGGAAUAUGAUACCAGAUGUUGUUUCGUAUAAUACUCUAAUAUAUUGGUAUUGUAGGAUAGGGAACAUUUGGGAGGCUUUUCUCUUGUUUGAUGAGUUAAGAUGUCGACGCCUUGUUCCUACUGUUGUCACGUAUAAUACUCUCAUUGAUGGUCUAUGCAGAGUGGGGGACCUGGACCUUGCUCGGUAUCUUAAGGAUACCAUGAUCACUCAGGGUAUUUUCCCUGAUGUUUAUACCUAUACGAUUUUGGUAAAUGGAUCCUACAAGCUGGGCAAUCUAUCUGCAGCAAGGGAUCUUUUCAAUGAGAUGUUGCAUAAUGGUUUGGAGCCUGAUCGUUUUGCAUAUACAACUCAAGUAGUAGGUGAAUUGAAGCAUGGUGAUCCUGCAAGAGCAUUUAGUAUGGAAGAACAAAUGGUAGCAAAGGAAUUACCUCCUGAUUUGAUCAUCUAUAAUGUUUUUGUUCAUUGGCAUUCUAAAUUGCGUGAUUUCAAAGAAGCAUGUAAUUUGUUGCACAAGAUGAUUAGCAUUGGUCUUAUUCCAGAUCAUGUAACGUACACCACCAUCAUUCAUGCUUACCUGGAAAAUGGACAUCUGAGGAAAGCUAGAGAAAUGUUCCACGAGAUGCUGAGCAAAGGCUUAUCCCCAUCAGUGGUAACUUACACUAUAUUAAUUCAUGGACAUGCAGCUAAGGGGUUUCUAUCAUUGGCAUUUAUGUAUUUCUCAGAGAUGCAGGAGAAAGGUGUUCAGCCAAAUGUUAUUACCUACAAUGCUAUGAUAAAUGGUCUUUGCAAAGUGAGGAGAAUAUGUCAAGCUUACAAGUUUUUUGCUGAGAUGGAAGCAAAAGGAAUACUACCUAAUAAGUAUAGCUACACCAUUUUAAUAAAUGAGAACAGCGACGUGGGGAAUUGGGAAGAGUCCUUGAGAUUGUACCAAGAAAUGCUAGAUAGAGAAAUUCUGCCUGAUUCUUGUACACACAAUGCACUCUUGAAGCAACUUAACAAGGACUGUAAUUUGAAUGCAGUUCGUCAGCUAGAGACUUUAAUUCUAGAAUGUAAAGAAUCUUGCGGUGCUGAGACUUGAUAUAGCCUUCAAGGGAGUUUUGGAUUUCCCAUGUAGAUAGUGAGAUUGACACAUACUUGGUUUUGGAGAAUCGUCACAUUCAAAUUAAAAGCGACUCCGAUGAUCAUAAUCUAAAUACCAUUGGACAGUGGAUUAUGGAGCAGAGCUACGUCUUGUCAGUCAGCUGAGUAUACAGAUCUCCUUGCUAUCCUCUUCUUGCGAAUGCUUGGACCAGUCUUUGGAUCUAAUAUUACACAGAGUCAACAACAGGUAUACAGAUGAAAUUCGGUACUGUAUCAAGUUGUUUCAAAUAAAAUCUCUGACUAAAUGUAUUUAUUCAUUCUUUCAACAUUUUUGAGAUAGGAGAAAAGUGUGAUUGGAAAUUUGGGGUGGGGGGCUCUUUUUUCUGUAAUAUUGUGAUGGUUAUUAUAUAUGUUCGGGUCAAAUUUUAGUUGUCACUUUUUUGCCCCAAAUUUUCUACGGUUAUGAAUCAUUAAUAAGAAGUUUCUACAUAGCUUUUAUAUUAUACAA